AUGCAACACAACAAACGUGCAGAAUCGCCAACGUUUGGACUUACAAAAGGGCACAAAUGCCAAAGAUUACAGUUGGAAACUGGAGGAUCUUUAUCAGCACCAGCUGAUUGUAAUCAACCUACAGUCGCAUAUCCACCUCCAGUAGGAUAUCCACCUCAACCUUCAGUCGGAUAUUCAUCUCAAUCUCCAGUCGGAUAUCCAUCUCAACCUCAAGUCGCAUAUCCGUCUCCAGCAGGAUACCCACCUCAGCCUCAAGUGGCAUAUCCAUCUCAACCUCAAGACGGAUCUGCAUCUGCACCAGUUGAAUGUGAUCAACCUCAAGUCCUGUAUCAAGCUCCACCAGGAUAUCCACCUCAACCUUCACUUGGAUAUCAACCUCAACCUCAAUUUGCAUACCCACGUCAACCUCAAGUCAUAUAUCAACCUCAACCUCAACCUCAGCCUCAACCUCAAAUUAUAUAUCAAACUCAGCCUCAAGCCAAUUGUGCCAAACCUUAUUAG